CACGACCCCUGGCUCACUCUGAGCAGCCCCAGUUGGUUAAAUGAGGUUGCUGCCUUGGAGGGAAGGAGUUGCUCUGAAGAUAAUGCCUGGCUUUGUCAGCAGAUGGUCACCAAGCCAUCCUUUCCUUCUCUGACUGGGAUUUUCAAUGGCUGCAAGAAGAGUUUGCUCUCCCCUCCUUCACUUGUGAUGUCUCUCUCCGUGGAUAUGUACUUUUCCUGAAACACACUUAUGGGAGAGAAGAAUGGGCAUCAGCUGGGCCACACGUCAUGAGGUGAGUGUCGUGCCUGCUGAACCUCCUCAGACCCACUAGCCAUGCCAGGGAUUGUAGUGUUCCGCCGUCGCUGGUCUGUAGGCAGCGAUGACCUCGUUUUGCCAGCCGUCUUCCUUUUCCUCCUUCAUACCACCUGGUUUGUGAUCCUCUCUGUGGUGCUCUUUGGGCUGGUGUACAACCCCAACGAGACCUGCUCGCUUAACCUGGUGGACCACGGCAGAGGCUACCUGGGCAUCCUGCUCAGCUGUAUGAUCGCAGAGGUGGCAAUCAUCUGGCUCAGCAUGCGAGGCAGUAUCCUGUACACAGAGCCCCGGGACUCGAUGCAGUAUGUGCUCUAUGUCAGACUAGCUAUCUUGGUGAUCGAGUUUGUGUAUGCUAUUGUGGGCAUCAUUUGGCUAACACAGUACUACACUUCAUGCAAUGAUAUCACUGCGAAGAGUGUCACUUUAGGAAUGGUAGUGUGCAACUGGGUUGUUAUCCUGAGCGUCUGCAUCACUGUCCUGUGCGUCUUUGACCCAACAGGGCGGACCUUUGUCAAGCUGCGUGCCACAAAGCGGAGACAGCGCAAUCUGAGGACAUACAACCUGCGGCAUCGCCUGGAAGAAGGGCAAGCCAGCAGCUGGACACGCCGACUCAAAGUUUUUCUUUGCUGCACACGGACAAAAGACUCCCAGUCGGACGCCUACUCUGAAAUCGCCUACCUUUUUGCUGAGUUUUUCCGAGACCUUGACAUCGUCCCAUCUGACAUCAUUGCAGGCCUGGUUCUUCUGCGUCAACGGCAGCGAGCAAAACGCAAUGCUGUGCUGGAUGAGGCAAACAAUGACAUUUUAGCUUUUCUGUCUGGGAUGCCAGUGACGAGGAACACAAAGUAUCUGGACCUGAAAAAUGCGCAAGAGAUGCAGCGAUAUAAAGAGGUGUGUUACUACAUGCUGUUUGCCCUGGCUGCCUAUGGCUGGCCCAUGUACCUGAUGAGGAAGCCCACAUGUGGACUCUGUCGCCUGGCCAGAUCCUGCUCAUGUUGCUGUCUCUGUCCUUCGCGUCCCCGCUAUGCACCUGGUGUCACCAUUGAGGAGGAUAACUGCUGUGGCUGCAAUGCCAUUGCCAUCCGGCGGCACUUCUUGGAUGAGAAUAUGACCUCAGUGGACAUUGUUUACACUUCUUGUCAUGAUGCGGUUUAUGAAACUCCUUUCUAUGUUGCUGUGGACCAUGAUAAGAAGAAGGUGGUCAUCAGUAUCCGAGGAACUCUGUCUCCAAAAGAUGCCUUGACUGACCUAACUGGGGAUGCAGAACGCCUUCCAGUUGAGGGUCACCAUGGAACGUGGCUGGGACACAAAGGAAUGGUGCUAUCUGCUGAGUACAUCAAGAAGAAAUUGGAACAAGAGAUGGUGCUUUCUCAAGCAUUUGGACGAGACCUGGGCAGAGGGACAAAACACUAUGGCCUGAUUGUGGUUGGUCAUUCUCUAGGGGCUGGCACAGCUGCCAUCCUGUCCUUCCUCUUGCGUCCACAGUACCCAUCACUGAAGUGCUUUGCAUAUUCUCCCCCAGGUGGGCUGCUGAGUGAGGAUGCCAUGGAGUAUUCAAAAGAGUUUGUGACUGCAGUCGUGCUUGGCAAAGAUCUAGUGCCCAGGAUUGGUCUCUCACAGCUAGAGGGGUUUCGCCGGCAGCUACUUGAUGUUCUUCAGAGAAGUAACAAACCAAAGUGGCGAAUCAUUGUGGGUGCUACAAAGUGCAUACCGAAGUCAGAGCUCCCUGAAGAGACGGAAGAAAAUUCAGUAACCAGUAAUCGCCUCUGGACCCAUCCCAGUGAUCUAACUAUUGCCCUGUCUGCAAGCACACCACUCUACCCACCUGGCCGCAUCAUCCAUGUGGUACACAAUCAUCCUGCAGAGCAGUGCUGUUGCUGCGAGCAAGAGGAUCCCACUUACUUUGCUAUCUGGGGUGACAAUAAGGCGUUUAAUGAAGUGAUCAUCUCACCAGCGAUGUUGCAUGAACACCUCCCAUAUGUGGUCAUGGAAGGGCUCAACAAGGUCCUGGAGAAUUACAACAAGGGGAAAACAGCUUUACUUUCUGCAGCCAAAGUAAUGGUGAGUCCUACAGAAGUGGAUCUAACCCCAGAGUUGAUCUUCCAGAGUCAGCCCUUGCCUAGCGGACCCUCAGUACAGAUUGGAACUGGAGCCAUAACAGUGGACAGAAGGAACAGCAGUAUUAAGAGCAAGUCCCAUUCUGAAAUUAGCUUGGAGGGGUUUUAUGAGACAAAGGCACUUUCUCCUGCGCUGAAAGACCCUGUGGAGCUUCUCCUCCUGGAUACAAAGGAACGUCUGUCUGUGGAGCUGCAGGACCGUCGUGCCCCUCUAGCGACCAUGGAGAGCCUCUCUGAUAAUGAAUCCAUCUACAGCUUUGAUUCAAGGCGCUCCUCUGGUUUCCGGAGCAUCCGGGGCUCCCCCAGCCUCCAUGCUGUCAUGGAGAAGGAUGAGACACACUGCUUUUAUAUAGACCCUGUUAUCCCUGAGGAGAACCCCUCCCUCAGCUCGCGGACAGAGCUGCUGGCUGCUGAUAGCCUUUCCAAGCACUCCCAGGAGACUCAGGCCCCAGACACUGUGCUCAACAGUGGUGGUACUACCCCCCAGCGACGCUGCAGUGAGGAGGGAGCCAGCAGUGAGGGGGACCAUGUUUCUUUAGCCCCUCGUGAGGAGCUGUCCCUCCAGAAUGGACGGCUCACUGAUGUUCCCAGUCCCCAAGUACUGGAGUUUGCUGAAUUCAUAGACAGCCUCUUUAAUUUGGAUAGCAAAAGCAGCUCUUUCCAGGACAUCUACUGCAUGAUGGUGUCAGACAGCUCCAGUGACUUUGCAGAGAUGCCCAAGUCUGUCAGUGAUCAGGAGAUCCUGUUAAGGGCACAAUAUGAGCCCAACUUAGUCCCAAAGCCCCCAAGGUUGUUUGCAGGCUCAACAGAUCCUUCAUCGGGCAUCUCUGUCUCACCCUCCUUCCCCCUUAGUUCAUCUGGAGAACUCAUGGACAUCACUCCCACAGGUGUGAGCAGCCAGGAAUGCCUGGCCACUGACAAAAUCCGGACUUCCACCCCCUCUGGGCAUGUAACCAGCCCUGCCAAGCAGGAGGACCUCAUGAUUUCGGCCCUCUAGUGCAGGGGUAAAGGAGUGUGGCUCUGCAAGCUGAUCCCGUAGGCUGAGUGCUGGGAUAAUACUUGGAAGAGCUGGUCUUUGGGCAGUUCAAGUCAGAGGAGACACCUGGAAACAUUCCUUCUGGGAUGCCACAGUGGCAGCACAGUGGUGUCUGGAGGAUGGAUUGUGUUCGGGUCCCAUGCUCUUAUUUGGGAGAAGAAGCAUUGCCUCACAAUGCCUGCUACGCUAAGAGGGUCUAAGUCACUAAAGGUAGAUGCAAGUUCCCUACCUUAGCCUGUCUGGUUUCUAUUAAGGGGCAGAUUCCUUGCCCCAGGGCACCUGCUGAGGUAUGGGAGUGAGAUAUUCUGCUUCAGGGAAUCCUUUGGGGUGAAGGAGUGGAUUCUUUGAAGCUCGAAGGUUGGAUAGACAGAAGCAAGGGGACCAGAUCACCUCCCUGGUACUAUUUGCAAUGGUUUUGGAAAUGAACGGAUUGAGACUUUGGGCCCUAUUGCACUAACAUGUUGGAUCUGGCCCAAGAUCCAAUUCGUCACACUUCCAUGGGGAUUGUUUUUGUAGGACACUCUCCCGUUCUAAAGCCAUUGGGGCUGUAUUCUCCCUAAAUGCAGUCUCCCCUUCCCUGGCCAGGCAAAGCAAGAAUCAGGCUGGCACUGUGUUUUCACUCCCCUGAGUAUUUCUGUGUUCAGUGACCACCAGGCUUCUUCUGAGAGGAAAGCAAAUUGUGUUCUGGAGAGCCAAAGCCCUUUGUCACGUUCCCUCCUUUGCCAGAUGGAGUUCUCCUGGAUGUCACCGUCGUCACUUCAUGGUUCCCUGGACCACUCUGAGCUGGCAGCGUUCCCACAGGACUGACAGGAUUCUCAUCUCAGAGCCGAGUGGAUGGAUCAACUUCAACAUUUAAAAGGCUUGUCAGUACCCAGCAUUAUUUGCCAGGUCCUUGUGGAGCCUGGGAGCCUCUGCUGGACCCUGCUGGGUCCUUACACCACCUGUAUGCAGUAAUCACAGAUCAGUGCCAGCCUCUGUCAUUGAGAGUUCAGGGAAAAGAUGAACUACUUCUAAGUAUUGAAAUCUCUUGUAUGUUUACAGAGCUGCUAAGCUUUUUGGAAGAUAUUUAUUAAGCAAUCAGGAAAGCUUUCCCUAAGCAAAAAGCAUGUUCAUUCUCUCCUUCCUGUUCCAUUCCCUCUGGGGAUUUAGGGGAGAAAGGAUGAGCAGAUGCUGGUAUGAUUGCAAGUCCCCUGUUUUUAAAGUGGGGGUAGGGUGACGGGAGAAACCCUUGGAUCUAAGUGUAGGGGAAGCUGCAUGCAUCUCACAACUGGUCUCCCUUCUCAGCCUCCCCGUUGCAUGACAACACAUUACAUAGCCCAACCAUGUUGCUGGUAAAACUACCUGAGCACUGUUGUGCAGAGCCUCUGUGCCCAGAGUAGCCUAGUAGAGCUGUCAUAUGGCAGGAAUUUUCUGACGAUGGAGGCAGGAGAGAAACUACCUAUCUAGAAAGUUAAACAUACCGUGACCUGCAGAAAUCCUUUAACUGACAAAACACACUCAAAGCUCAGCAGAAUUACCAAUCAGUCUCACAGGAGCUCUGACCUCCCUCAUUGCAAAAGAAAUUCCUGCUUAACUUUAUUGUACCCAUGUUACUGUUCUCCUCCCUCCUCCUUUACUGUGGUAUUUCCAUUGUGGGAGGAUGCUGUGCUUCCCAUGAGCUUAGUCCAGUCAUUCAUGAGUACUACCUGGGAUCUUGUUAUCCAUAGCCUCUAGCUAUGUUCAUCAAGUAGCAGCUAGAAGCCCUGGCCAUGGAUCUGGACUCUGAUGUCAUGGGUGCUGUACAAACAGAGCAAGAGUGGUAUCAUAUACCAUCACAUCAGAACAGUAGCACUUUAUAUCCAUUGUGCAUUGAUGUAAAUGACUUCAGCAGGUGCACAGAAAUGCUGAACUGGACUCUGUGUCCAAGUGCUAAUGUCCCUUGUAACAAUUCAAUGUAGGAUACUGUAUCUUCUGCUCCUUACAAAUUACAGGGCCUCUAGAAGUGCAGGGGCUUUGUCAAAUAGGCAGUUAAAUAUUGUCCCCCUGGUUUAGAUUCAAAAUGCGACCUCUUCUAUAACUUCUUGAAUUGAAGGGAAUAAGCUGCUCUGGAUUCUAAGUACUUUGUAAAAGAAAAUGCAUUUCAUUCUGAGCAACAAAAAGUUACUCUUUUUUUUGUAGGUUCUUCAGAAAAGAGCAGAGUGUUGUAUUCCCCUUGCUGAGAGCUUCUGUGGUUCAGGAACUCAUAUAGAACAGCUGUGUAAGACAUCAGAUCAUCCACUAUUGCAGACACAGGGUAAGGCUGAAUUGCUGCAGAUACCCAAGAAAGACUAAAAAGGUGAUGUCCAGGAAUGCAUACAAUAAGCUGGAUAGUUUUGAGGGAGAGAAGGUAGUUCGGAGACUGAGACUAGCAGGCUAGCUCACCUCCUGAUGCAAGCUGCUGACGUUUUGGUAGAGUGAGGAAAAGGAGUUCAUUUCUGCCUUUAAACAUUGGCAGAAGCUGAGUAGUAAUAACACUUAGUACUUAGGUAGAGCUUUAUAUCUGCAAAGCACUUUACAAACAUUGAUGGAAGAAGCAGCUCAAUCCCUGGCAUUUAAGUAGGAGGAGAUGGCUCUCUCUGAGACUAGGUGGAACUACUGGUGCCCUACACAAGGGAGGUGGGAGUUGACUCAAAGUUAAGGAAGGUGGAUUCCUCCCUGUUAGGAAAGAGUUAUUGUUUCAGUAGUGACCUGAUUAUGUUUAACAGAUUGCACUAUUGCACUAGAAAGUCGCUCCUGAUCUGGGUGUAACUCCAUUAUUUUCUGGCAUACAUGAUCCUGUGCAUGACUGUUUCCCUUCUCUGUGCCAUUGGAACUGUAUGGUGGGGGAAUGCGGCUACCUUGCCCUGACCAGCUGUAUCAGGAAACAAACAGCCUGGCAUGCUGCCUUUUUUGCUUUGUUUGCGCUCUGUGAUUAUUAGCUUUCUUCUGAAAAGCCUGGAAAUGCCUUCUGCUUGUGACCCAGCUCGCCAUAGACCAAGGCAGUAAAGGUGCAAAAGAGGCUGUUUAGUUAAGGUUCUUACUGCAUCAUAUUAUGGGUAAUCACCAUUUUCCACUGUUCUCUCCUGACAAACAGAUCUGUUCCCGGUUGCUGGCCCUCACAGCGUAAAUCCAUGUUCUUUGCAUUUCUGCUCUAAAUGUCUUUCUGUGUGUCUUCAUUUUCAUAAUUUCUGUGCUAUAAGAGCAUUUGCACAGGCUGGUGUUGUAUUCCAUCCUGGAAGAGCAUAUCUGAAAAGUUAAAAAUAAAUGCUAAGACUGUAGCUACCUCUUUCAUUCAUAUUGCAUACUAUUGCCUACUUUCUCUGCUCUUCUUCCACUCUGAUGAGUAGCUGUCUUUGGAAACAUGAAGCUUCUUCAGGUUUCUUAACCACUUGGCUGCCGGUUCCUACCCUCAAGUUGUUAUGCAGCCACUUUGUGCCUUUUAAUGUUUAGAUGUUCCCUUAAUAUUUCAGUGGGAUGUUACACCCCACAGAGGCAAUGCUGGAAGUGCAGUUUGUGGUACCUGACACACUGGACCUCAGCUUAGCAACCAACAGUUCACUCAGUUCAUUAUAUCCUUAUAAUGAACUUAAAUUCGUAUCCUUAAAUUGCAAUUUAGAGCUACUGGUUAAAGGAGUGGAACUGAGGGCACCCAGUUCCUGGAGGGCAGAGACUGGACUUUGUGUACCUUAAAAAUUAAAGCAUAGUAAGUGAAACCCUGUACACUGAUGCAGCUUUGUCAAUGACUCUAGCAGGGUUUUCUCUGUUCUUUCCCCAGCCCUCCAGGUAGGCGGGUUUCACUUAACUGUGUAAGGAUGGGAUGUGGCAUCACAUGGGAGUUGUCAUCACAUGUCUGUUGAUGACAUUCUUAGACUGUAGUGGAAUGUAAUCCUGAAGCCUUGAAACCUUCAAGGCAACAUGGGAGGCCCUUAACUAGGUGCAUGUUUAACUACAUCCAUCAGCUUAGUGAGGAAGGGCCUCUGACCCUUCCCUGAAUGCCCUCACAAGAUGUGAUGGAUUUGUUGUUGCUCUGUUUUUCACAUCUAUAGGCUGCAGUCUAAACAUUUUGAGUAUGUCCAAAGUGGGAGAAAAUAUUCCCACUGAUAAUCUGAUAUCAAGCCCUGAGCAUGUAGUGCUGGCUAACUUUAUUUUUGGUAGCUCUUCUACCUCAAUAAUACUGCUUUUAUUGUUGCUUUAAUUGCAGCAGUGCCAAGCACAUAGACAGGAUCCUGCUGUGCUGUGUGUACAAAUGUAGAACAGAAAGACAUCUCUUCUCCAACACUUAAUGUUCUUCCCUCUCCUCUGUGGAGCUGUCCUAUCCAUUUGGAAAUGUGUUUUCUUCUGAAGUUACCACUCUUUGAUCUUUCUUUAUUUCUCUACUCUCUAUUUCUGUCAUGUAAUCAGGAGCUACCUUAUCUCUCCUCUUGGUUACUCCAUCUUGGGAUGAUGGUGUCUCAGUCCACAUCCUUGGUAGAACCACCUACACAACUAUCCCCCAUAUUCUCAUAAUGACUCAAAACACAGUGGAAUGGGAUUCCUGUCAUUGUCCAUCUUCCCUGGAUUUGUGUCUUGAUUCACUUGAGAGCUGCUGAUUUCUGUGGCGGAUAAGGAUGUCUAGAAAGGUCACAGAGUUGUUAGCACUGAAAGGUUCUUAGGUGCAAGUGUAGUAUCUCUAGGUUUUGCUUCUCUUGUUUCUGGUCAGAAUUUUCCAUGUUUAUUCACAGCUUCUGCAAUUUUUUUUAAAAGAACUUUUUUCAGAAGUGAACAGGAGUUAUAUGAGAUAUUUUGCUCUGUACAGAGGACUGAGACGGCAAAGCUAGUUGUGAGUGUAAAUAUGAAAAUCCACUGACUCCCAUUUCUGUUCUUUUAGGAUAUUAAAUAUGUUACUUUAGGCUACACUAAUGGCUGAAGGUCCCAAAAAGGAAUGGGAUUUAAAGGGAAACUAGGUGUUGCUGUCAAUGAACAAAGGAACAUGAGAAGGAAGAAAAUCAGUGAGCGGUGGGGGGAUGCAUGUUCAGUAUAUGCUCUUUGGAACUUCUGCUGCGGGAGCUGACUUAUUGCCCUGUCUUGGUCGGUGUAUCCUGUCUCUGCCCAAGGAAAUGGAGUAGGGGGGAUCCGUGACAAGCCCAGCAAACUAAAUGGAUGUGGGAUUACUUUUUCUGAUGUCAUCUCCAAAUAAGUUCCCCCCCUGCCCAAUUUCACUGUGUGUUUGUAGUGAGGGGCUAAUUAAGAGGGGUGUUAAGCCUUUUCUCUGCCUUCAGUGAUUUUGUUUCUUUAUUGAGUCUUUCUGAUUUGUCCCUGCUCUAGAUACAUAUUGUCCCACUCUCUGUGAAGCUUUUCCAUGGUUUUGUCUACUGCUGCUUCCCAUUUUUAAAUUCAUUUUAAUCCUUGCUGUGUCCUGCUUUCAGACUUGGUGAUGAGAACUGUACAUGUUUGUGAGCAUCUUGUUGAUUUGUAAAAAUGGCCUCUUGUAGUAUAUUCUUCAUGCAUUUGGAUGUUUUCUCUCUCUCUCUUUUUUGUUUUUUUUGUUUUUUUUUGUUUUUUAAAUCUGCAGGUGGACAAAGACCAAUGUUUUCAUUGAACUGCCCACACAGCUACCCAGUUUAGUUUAGAGCUUAGGGUAUAUGAGUGAUCAGAAUUAUUCCUUAAAAUGGCCAUGUGUUGAUCAUUGCUGAAAUGUAUUUGUUGAUGUGUUUGCAAUUUGCCUUUUGCAGCUAUAUCCCUUCAGAGAAGCCUGGAAGUAGCUUCAGUCUUAGUUGAAAAUACAUGUUUUUGUCACCUGCCAGUGUAUUGACAUAUCCUUAUACUUGCCCCCUUUCCUAGAAUAUCUAUCACAUCUUUCUGGGAGCAAAACAGGGUAUGUAUUACCUGACCUAUGCAAAAUGUGCCUGGUUUCCUCUGCAGGUUUUACAAGCUGAACAGAUGUGUUUCUAGAUAUUGUGAAAUUCAUUGAGGUGUCUUAAAAUUUAACUGCUCAGUUACAAGCUGCCUCCCUGUUUCUGCUGAUGAAUGGAUGUCAUAUGCACACAUAAGUAUUGCAUAUACUUAUAAAUACUGCCUGCUAUAUUUAAAUCCCAACAUGACCAUGACACUGGAAGGCAUUCUAGCCUACUCUGUUUAAUUUCCAUGGUCAACAGAAGCACUUCUGUAUCUGCCUUGGAAAUCAGCUGGGCUGGAGGUCUGCUAGAUACUGAGUGUUCACUGUGUGAUUAUGCAUACCCACAGCUUGGAUAUUCUCCUCUCUUGGCAGUAUGAGAACAUUCUGUCUGCAGCAGCUUUUCUCAGUUUGCAGCAAGGUUAGCAGUAGCACUCAAUCUCCCCUUUUUUAGGGAUGAUGGUUGUAACUAGUGCCUGCAGAACACAUUAAACCAUAUAUGCCAGUCACUUGCUGAUAAAGUGGCUUGUAAGUCUUUAAAUACAAUGCAGAAAUACUGGCAGAUAUUUAAAGUAACCUUUAGCCCUCAACAAGCCUAGCAGCUUUUCUGUUUGCUUAAAAGCUCCUUCAGCUUUUUUCAUAUCUGUAGCAUUACAUUUAACGUCUCUCUGCUCAGACAAGCGAAAUCUGAGAUUCGUUUCGCUGAAGAUCCUUCCAUGCUGUCAUAUGUUUGUUAUCCCCCUUGUGUUUAAAUUAUCCCCAACUGAAGCUGGAUUUUUGCUGAGAGCUGUUAUAUAAUUAUGCUGCUGCCAACACACUCUUACAGAGCUGUGAUCCUCUUUCUAGUCAGAAAAGCAUAGGGUGAGUAAAUAUUUGUUGGCUAAAUGCUCCCUUGUUAGAGUUCUAUAGCAACAGAAGUAAUGAGUUACAAAAGUAAAGGGAAGUGAGAGGAAAAUGGUUCAAAUAUCUAAUGUAUUGAACCUGAAAGCUCAAUGUGAAAUCCCAAGAUAGACUUAACAGGAAUGGCUGUUGCUCCUAUUAGCUUUGGGCAACAGUGCACAAAAUGGAAAAGGACACAUACAGUCUAAAACUCCCGUCGGGUCCUUUUCCCAACAGAUGAAAGGUCAACUUCUUCCCUGCUUGCAGUGUACAUGGUACCUCUUUAACCUGCCUAAAGAAAGAGAGGGUUGGAAAUUAAGCAGUUGUUUUUUAGACUGCUCUGCCGAAUACUCUGAGAGAACUUACUGCUUUGAAGCAUUUGAAAGCAGUGGUUCACCCGGGCUUGUUGCACAUCCUUCUCAGAGGCUGUUCAGUACUGAACUGAAAAGCUGAAUUUAGGGGAGAACUACAUCUCUUGUGCCAAAGUUCCCUCCUAUGGUGCUCCUUCAUGGAUGAGGCUGUGUUUCCUGUUGCAGGCAGGGAGUGCAUCCUGCUGGGAUGCACUGGGAAACACUGCCCUUUCUUUGCAGAUGGGAAGAGUGAGAGUGAGAGAGAAGCUGAAACUGAGAGACAGGACUUAGUCUGGGGGUUCAUUGCUCUCCAGUAAGGUAGUCAUACAGCUAUUAUGGGAGAAGUAUGAGAGGUGUUGUGAAAUGGAUUGUAUCAAUAUUAAUUUAUGUCCUUCCCCUCCUUGCCAACUCCUGAAUGGGCUGUGUGCUUGCUCUGUUCCCUUCAAGUGAGAAGCCAGUGCCCCUUGUAGUGAGAUGUUGCAGGUUGGAUGGCAUGGAUCAGCCCCUGGGGCCCGCAGUUGGUUUGCUUCGAAGUUUUACAUUCCGUCCCUGAGAGUCAGGGCUGCCUUCACUGCCAAGGUGGGUGGGUAUCAUAUCUGUGGUGGAUGGAGCUGGAAACCUAAACGCUGCUGAUUUGCAAACUCUGUGUCAUUAGAACUGAGAAGUAUUUUAGGAAGGAGAUUCUUUGUUGUAUAACAAUAACCCAUGGUGUGGAGGGUGGUAUGUUCUGCGUGGCAGCAAGACUGUUGGCUUCCUUAUGUGAGAAAAAUAUUGCAAACUGCCAAGCUUCUGUUGCACUUUCUUCUUUACCAUCUCCCCACUGUAUCUGCACCCUGUGGUUCUGUUAGAGCUGUUACACCCUGUGCACAAAGCACAGGAGAAUGUUGCCAUUCUAAACUCUGGCUAUUAGUGGACAUACACAUUGAAAACUUGAAACAAUUGGAGAGCAGUUUCUCAUUGUGCCAUAGGAAGUGGCAGUCCUAAACAGCAAGAGGAAGUGUACACACUUGCCUUGAAGGACUUUGCUGUCUCCGUUACUGAUUUUUUUUUUCUUUUUUGCUAAUUUUCUUGAGUUCAUAUGUGUUGUGCCUUUGUUUUCCAUUGGCUUGAGGUGCAAGCCUUCUGUUUGGGAUCAUGCAUAUACUAGCUUCCUUUCCCACUUCUGCACAUUUUUUUUUUCCUCUGGAGUGUGGAUGCAAGGAGAUGAGGUUUGGCCAGGGACUGGUUCAGAGUUGUUCUUACUAUCAGUACCUCUUUUUCUGCCUCAGUUAGGCUUUGCCAGAUUUCCCUGCUAUCCCCUGCUCCUUCAGAUUAUCUCAAAGUGCCAAUAGCAAAGUCUGACCCGAGGCAGGCUGCUGCUUCAUACCCAUACCACAGUUACCCAGCCGUCCCUCUCCAAUCUCGAACCUUGUCUUGCUAAGGCGAGUUUUAUGCGCAGUAGGAAAGAAAGACUCUCCCAUCAUUUCUUACCUGUGGUGUAUGUGACCUCAGUCAGUGUUUAACAGGUCUAUUCAUGAGUAAAACUCCCCUUCUUCAAGAUCUGACCCUGUUUGUGCAAGAACUUGUGCUGAAAGGGGCUUCUUCUAUUCUAAACUGUUCCCUGCAGUUUUGGUAUAAUGACGGUUCUCAGAUUGGCUCUAGAAUAGCUUCCAAUGGUAAGCUCUCUUAUUAGGGAGUUGGGCAUUUCUGCUGUUGUCAUUGCUGUGUUUGAGACUCCUGUUGACUCCACCAUGUCAUCCCUUGCUCUGUUUCUCACCUGCUGAAGUAUUCCACCCACGCUUCACAUCCAUAUGAUAAGGGGACCUCUAUUUGGCUACUUACUUAUUUCUGUAAAAUCAUUAAACACAGAUCAGCACAAAAAUGAGCCUCCAUUUUUGGUUUUAUUGGGACUCCACUGCCCUGCUUUCUGUCACAGGCUUUGUGCAGUUCUGAUGGCUCAGAGUCAGAGGAAUGUGAUAUGUGUGGCAGUACUGAGAUGAGGAGGGAGCAAUCCAAAGCAGCAUGUGCAUUGCUCAGCACUCAGACUUGUUUAGUGGCACUUGCCUGUACGGUGUGUCCUGUCUUAACACAUUACUUUGGGGGGUGUUGUGCCUAUAAAAAUGAUCUCAUCAUUGUGUGUUUGCUAGGCCACUAUCACACACCUCCUUGAGUCUUGGCUCCUUUAUCAGCAUAUCCACAGUGUCCACUGACAGCCACUGUGUGGUGGGGAAGUGGCAUCAUCUACCACUUCGCCUUUCCAGCUUUCCCUCCACAAACGCUGCAACUGACAGCAGAGAUGAUGUCCAGGGAAUAGUCCCAAGUUCCUGUCCUACUGAAACUUCAUUACUAAUGUCAAUGCAGAAAUUAUUGGUGAUGAGUUGCACCUCACCAUCUGCGUGCAUGGGGCAGCAGGAGAGGAGCACUCUGCACUUUAAGACCCUUUCCGUUAGCUCAGCUGUCUGCUCUUGUGCCCUGCCAUGACAGCCCGCAGUCUGGCCUCUUCUUCCAUAUGGCUGUGCAUGAGCAGAGACAGUAAGACUGGAGAAGCUAGGCAGAAGCUACUUUUCUCUCAUUUUUUGUGUUCCUUAGUGCCAGCUCUGUUUAUUGGAGCCCAGCUGGAUGACCUCCAUGCUACAGUGUCCCAGCUGUAUUUUGAUGGGGGGCUCCACCAAGCAAUGCCGUAGAAGAGCUCCCUUGCCUCCCACACCUUUCUUUAUCAGCGGACAGCAAUGCCUCCAUAGAAAAGCCGUUUUGCCUGCUUCUGUCACCUAUCUCACAUCACAUGCUGGAGCAACUCAAACUAGGGUAGCUGUGAAAUUAACUCUUUCACCCCAACUGUCUCUUUAUAACUAAAGCCUUUUGCACUUACGGGAAAAAAUGGUUCUAGGGAGCUCUGAGCUGCUCUGGCUGCCUCUCACAGGGCUUAGAGCACUUUCAUAUGCAAUCAGUGGGGAAGCAACACAGCCUCUGUUCCCAUGCUCAAGGUCACUGCCCUUCCGAGGAAUGCUGCCCUCUGGAUCCCUGCUCCAAGCUGCCCCAGCAUGAAGACUACAAGGAAACUCAAGCACUCUUCAUGUGCCAUUCUCAUGUGACUUUUUGUACCUAUGUAUGAAAGAUCUGAACUAAUAUUGCUGUAAAGAAAGAUACAGAUUAAUAUAGCAUAUUAUAUAAAGAUAUAUGUAUAUAAA